AUGUUCAGAUUUGCCGGGAUCGAAGGUAAUGCCUUCCGAUGUGCCCUAGUUCAAAAUCUCGUCUACCGUGGAAGUGAUUCGCUCGGCGUUUUCAGCCAGGGAUUUCGAGGCAGCCAGUAUGGCUACGUCAUCUGCAUAUCCGAACUUGACCGUGUCUUCCCCCAUCCUGAAGAUUGGGGCGAUGUAAAGCAUGAAGAGGAUUGGCGAAAUGGGGGAGCCUUGAGGGAGCCCGCACUCAAUGUUCGUUUUUGGGCCUGUGAUUCCGUCUAG